CAAAAGAUUGGCAAUUCAAGUCCACCAGCAGCUCCUUGGAAACGCUAUGGGGAAGUUCUACUCUGGCCUAUAGGGUCACUAUGAGUCGGAAUCGACUUGACAGCAAUGGGUUAUUGGCUAAAUACCUAUCUUUAUUCAUGUAUGUACUCAAACCUAUAUUGUAUGUUGUAUAGGAUUCUGAGCAAUUAGAAAGAGUUGGUUGUAAAAGAAGUAAUGGGGGUAUCCAGAUAAAAUACCUUUGAAACUGGAUGCUUCAAAACAGCCAGGGAGAAAAAGGCUGAAGGGUAUUGUUCUUACUCUGUCCUUCCUUUUGCCACAUUUUCUUCUCUUAUCAAGAGGAAAAUGAGGAAAUGAAUUCCAAAAAUCUGGUUCUUGGCAGGACCUGUGAUAUCCCCAGGCCUCUUUCAUAAAUGUUGCCCAUUGGGGCCCUUUUUCUUUCCCAUCUCAGGUACCCAAGCAUGACCAGGAAGCUCUUCACAAAUACCAGGGAGCGGUGGAGACAGCAGAAUGUCAACAGUGCUUUUGCCAAGCUGAGGAAACUUAUCCCCACUCACCCUCCAGACAAAAAGCUGAGCAAAAAUGAAACUCUUCGUCUGGCCAUGAGGUAUAUCAACUUCUUGGUCAAGGUCUUGGGGGAGCAAGGCCAGCAGCAAACAGGAGUGCCUGCUCAGGGAAACAUUCUGGGGCUCUUCCCGCCGGGUCUGGAGGACAGGACUCUACUUGAUGACUGCCAAGUUCCUUCACCUGGCCCAAGCCACCACAUUCUGUAGUGUGGCUCAGGCUGUCAUCUCUCAGAGUAGCACUUAUUCAGAAGCCACUGGCUGUUAGAGCCUUUUGCUUGUUCCACAGUCAAGCUGAUGAAUAAUUUGUGAGGAAUGAGUUUACACUUCAUAGAAGGUGGCUCAGGGACAUCAGCAGGGAGCCUCAAGGAGGCCAUGAGGAGUGCCCCACCUCUAGGAUUUAGAAGAGUGGUACUUCUGUCUCCUCUAUA